GGGCGGGGCCAGCCGGUUGGUUAACUGGAACCGCAGUUUAACUUCACAGCUAGUAAAGCGAGUUUACACCGCCGCACAAUGCACAGCUGGCGCCUCUGUAUGUCUCGAUAUGAGGCACUAGAGCCCUGGGUCCAAAUGUGAUGGCCACACCUAAGAUAUGGUGGCUGCUGUCCAUCCUGCUGGCCACUUCGUCCAACUGUUCUGCAACAGGUCCUCCUGCUCGUCCCUCUCGUCCUCAGUGCUACAGACAGUGUGAUGAGAUAGGCUGUGCAGUGAACAUACAGUGUAUGUGGGAUCCAAAGCCAGACCCUAAAAUCCCCACCAACUACAUCCUGCACUGGGAGCCAGCAAACAGCGAGGAUGGGCAUACCACCAAAGGGAACAGCUCAAGUGGUGUUAUUCCUCGUGAUCACUCCAACUUUGGAGAACUUCGCGUUUGGGUCCAGGCUCAGAACCAGCAUGGUUCUGCCAAUUCUGACCAGUAUGACUUCCACACAGAAGAUAUCAUCAAGCCACAACCUCCUAAAUUCUCAUCAAGUGAUCAGGAACAAUUGGAGAUUCACUGGAACACCUUCUGUGGUCAGCUGUCUAUCGGACCCUGUGAUGUCAGAUACCGGACUGAAGAGGACCGGGUCUGGUUUGAGAAUGAGACUGGAUUCCACCCCAGCUAUUCACUCCCGGACGCCCAGCCUAACACAGUCUAUGAAUUUCAAGUCCGUUGUGCCUGUCACACGGGCUUGAAGAGUGACUGGAGUGCAAUUCUGAGAAUUAUAAAUGCAGAGUCAGUCCCAGUCGGAGAGGUGGACGUAUGGAGCGACUGUGGGAUAUCCCCCACAAGUCUUGACUGUUUCCUGACAUGGAAGAAUCUUUCAAUCUCUCAGGCGCGUAGACCCAUUCUGGGAUAUCGAGUCAGAAUUUUAUACAAUGAUGGCACCGAGUCGGUGAAGAAUGUGUCCACGGCCGAACCGAGCAGCCAGUUUAUGUGUGAUGACAGCAAAUGGUGCCUGGACUUCCCUCUGAAGGACGUUUCAUCAGUCGCUGUAUCUGCCUACAACGCUCUGGGUGCCACAGUGCCUUCUUCUCUAGUUGUGCCAAAGACAGCAGGUAAAAAACCAAAUGACCAACCGAUUCACCUCAACAUGAACCAAGAGAACCUCACUGUGUCCUGGGAUCAGCCGUCUCCGUUCCCUGACAACCUGAAGGAAUAUGUGGUGCAAUAUAAACAAGCUGGGUGUUCUCCUGGCCGAGGGUUUGAUUGGAUCAAAGUGAACAAAAGCCAGACGGCAGCGUUUUUUAAAGGUCAAUUUAGAAACUACACAGCAUACCAAGUGUCACUGUUCUCAGUGUCAAACAGCCUCCAAGUCCGUCUGCUGGCAUCAGUGAUUGAAUAUUCUACUCAAAGCACUCCCUCUGCAGUGCCUGUGUUUGACGUGACUUCUAUUGGUACCACUGAUGUGACUCUGUCUUGGGAGCCCGUUCCCCUCUCCAAGCAGACUGGGCUGAUCUUGUUCUACCAAAUAGGACUAGACGGACGAAAAGUGUACAACAUAAGUGCAUCUCCACAGCAUGAAGGGAUGACUUUCAAGCUGCAGGAUCUUCGUCCAGGCCAGGAUUACGAGGUGUGGAUCAAAGCUGUGACCAUGGCUGGGCCUGGAAAAAGUGCCACCAAGAGUUUCAAAACAAAGAAGAGUGAAAACGGACAAUUAACGGCAAUCAUGUUAGGAGUUCUGCUUGUGGUAUUCUCAAUAGUCCUUGCUGUUUUUUUACUCUGUGUUUGUCGAAGAGAAAACAAAGUGUGUCCACUGAUGUCUCAAUGUCUCUAUGACAAAGUACCAGAUCCUGGAAAUAGUCACAUCUUCAGUCAUCUGAAGCACCAGUUUAACGAGCCCAUGGGUUGGAUCUGCAUUCCCACGGAGCCACAACCUAAGAUCUCUCUGUUGGAAAUUGUGGAAAAGACGCCUCAGGCCUCCGAUGGGUUAACAAAGCUGGUGGUGAGAGAUGGAGGCUCACAUAUGAACGAUGAUGAGAAGGAGGAUGCUGUUAGAGACGAGUCUGACAGGACAGACCACAGAUAUGGAAAACAGGCGUACAGCAAAAUGGUCGACUCCGACGAGGAGAAGGAUGGUUGCUGGAGCUCCUUGGAGGAACAGGACAUUCCUUCAGGUUACGAAAGACAUUUUAUGCCAAGUGCUGCGGAAAUACUGGAGUUAUGAUGUUUUCUCCACUGCAGAUUGUGGACAUUCAAACGUUUGUUGUCUUUUUUAUUGUGCAUAAAUGUUUCAAUGUGAAAAUGUGAUUAGAUGAUAACCUUCAGGGAAGCUUCUCUGAGAAGGACCCUGUAGGGUGCACUCAGGUUUCUGGAAAGAUUCAUCAGCCAAAGCUACUGCAGUCAUUUGUUUGUUUUGAUGUCCGUUCGACCUGCAUUCCAUUUGAAUCAGAGUCACCUCAUGGUGUAAACUUUCAGUUUUUGUUCCUUUUCCUAUUUCAGUUGAAAUCUGCUCGUGUAGUUCCUCAUUUUUGUCUUAUAUGGAUGGAUACUGGAUACUUUACUGGAGGUGCAAUAAACUGUAACUGUUUUAUCAUCUACACAUUAAUCCAGACGGGAGACCCAAAUAGUAUGAGGUAUAGAUGAGCCCGACAAAUACCAUCCAACAUUUAUGCUGAGGCUUAGCGUUCGCUGUUUUAGAACCACUGAAUGUAAAUGUCAUGAUAUCAGGUGCUAUUCCAAAGUAUCCCUAUGCAUACUUUUUAAAAAUGUAUAUUUUUGCACCUUAUAGUUAUGUUUUCAUAAGUAAAGUGUGCAUUGGACGUUUGUACACUUAGCGUAUGUGAUAAAAUAAAUGACUGCAUGGCCUGCAGAGUAAACAGUGUGAAGUCCAUCCUGUUAUGUGCAGAUCAGCAGUAAUCAGUAGUAAUGGUGCAUAUUGAAUUAUUUACGAGACAAUCAGUGUUGAAACAUUUUUAAAAGAUACGUUCUUGUAAAAGACCUGCUGAUCAGCCUAAGCUGCAAUAAUAAUGACUUGAUCAUUUGAGCAUCUUUUGAGGUAAAGACCACACAAUUCCAACAGAAUGAACCAUAUGAAUUUUUGGAUGGGCGUUUUAACAAUAAAUUUAUCAUAUUUGUUUUGGUAAGUUGCACACCAUUUGAGUAUCUUUUAUAUAAAUGCAUAAAUAUACAUGACUGCACAGACUGGUGAAGACAGCUGGCUCAGUGGUGGGCACAGAGCUGGACUCUGUGGUUUCAGCAGCAGAGAUAAGAUUCUCUCCAUCCUGGCACCAACAGACUCAGGAACUCUUUGGUCCCCCAUCAGACUUUACAAGUCAUCACUGAGUGGUCAGGGGGUCUCAGUAUGGAUGACUUUAGGACUGAUCCAGUGUGACUGUAGAACAUCUAUGCACCUCAUGUAGUUUAAGACAACUGUUGUCUUACUGCCUGUCAAAUUCACUUUUUAUCACGGUGCCUUGAAAGAUGUAAAUACUGUUUAUUGCCUUUUAAUACAAUUAGUUUUUCUAUAGAUUUUAAAAUGCGAGUUUUUUUUUGUUUAUAGUAUUGUACGUUGUUAUUAUAGUUGUUAUAUGUAAGCUGCUGAAUACUUUGAAUUUCCCUUGAGGUUAAUAAAGUAUCUAUCUAUCUAUC